GGCGCGGUGACCUGGCUCUCCCUCCGACUACCGUCCGAGUUCGAUCUAUACAUACCUCAUACCAUACCCGCUUGACCCACUAGCUUGCUUUGAUCUUCUUUCACAGAAGACAAGAAGAGCUGCACUGGACAAAGGCUGCUUCAUGGACAAUUGUGGGACGCUGAACGGUCUGCUCACACCUUGAGAGACCAGUUUGCGUUCCAUAGGGUUCCCCAGCCUGCUUGCCGAGAGUGAAUUGACUCACUUUGAAGAUACAACGACUAAGCAACCAAGAAACACAUUUAUGCCCCCAAUGGGAAGCCUACCGGGAUGACUGACAACAAACACUCGGAACAUGCGCCCUUUGUCCCACCCUCACAACCAUCACCUGCGAUAAUGCCGUCGGGAAACAGCUGGACUAUGGAUGAAUCUACUCGCAACAGACUGCUCAAGAAGUACAAAACUCAGGUGGCCUCCGGCACUUCCACGGUCUGCGCUACUUUAGCUGUGACUCCUCUUGAAAAUGUUAAAACUCGCAUGCAAACUGUAUCCGAUACCUCUGGCGGACCGAAGGACCCCGUGGCUUUGUUGCUGGCUAAUGGUCUAGGUCCGUUUGAACUGGCCAAAAAUGUGGUCCAGACCUCUGUUCUCGUAUCGAACCGCGCCCAAGCAUCCCCGAAUGCCGUGAGAGAUCCCUCGUUGCGCCACAAGCCGCGUCUCGGGACCAUUGAGGCGAUCCGGCAAAUCAUACAGCGGUAUGGAUUUAAAGGCCUGUAUACUGGAUUCGGCCUCCAUGCAAUGCGCGACACAGUUGGAUCUGGCCUGUACUUUGCAGUCUAUGAGACAGUCAAGCAGGUUGCUGCCAGAGAGCUGGGACCGGACAAGUCUCCGUUCGGUGCCCCCAUGAUUGCUGGAGCAAUCUGCAGUACUGUGCCGUGGUUCUGCACUUACCCCCUCGAUACUCGCAAAACGCGCGCGCAAAGUGUGCUUUUAGGCAAAUCGAAGGAAGUCGGCGAGGCUUCCGCUGCGGUGGCACGAUCAAGCAUGUAUAAGGGUCUGUCGAUUAUUCUGAUCCGCACUGGAGUAAAUAACAUGAUUCUGCUCAGCAUCUUCGAAUAUAUUAAGAUGCGCAUCAACGAGCUAGACCGAUGA